AUGCUGGAACUACGGAAAAGUCGUCAGCAUUGGCAGAUGAUGAGCUUGCAGACCUCACGAUUGACUGAGAUGAGCUCCUUUAUGAUGUUAAUCGCGAAGACAACUUCUUGUCAUCCUGCAACAUUUCCACACAAUCACCAUUCCUAUGAGGCACCCCAUCGUCCAUUAAGUCAAACCCGGUGCUACGAAUUCACAUACGGUGUUACUGCAGAAAUUGCAUACGCCAUCAACAAAACACUCGAACUAUGCAAGGAAAUAUCAUUCUACGACAAGCUCACUCCCCAGCGGGCAAUACCAGAAGGUAUUCUUGAGGCGUGUGAGUCAUUGGGAAAUCAACUCUUAUCCUGGUCACUCAACGAUGAACUCUCAAAAGCCAUCUUUCCAAACGACGAAACAAUGCAGGUGGUUUUCAGCCACCACGCACAUGCCUGGCAUCUCAGUGCUCUCAUCUAUUAUCUCCAACACAUCCAAGGAGCCAGCAGGUCUGAUAUAGCCGAGCACGUGGCAAAUGCUGCUUCAUACCUGCAUAUCGUUGAGGAUAUCAAGUCGGGGCUUCCGGAUAAUCAGAUGGCUCCGAUCACUUGGCCAGCAUUCAUUGCUUCAUGUAGUGCGCUGGAUAGAGAGACCUGGGUUUUAUGGUGGACUCGAAUACAGAGAUAUGGGAUCGGGACUAUGAAGAGACAGUUUGACGUUGUGAAAGAGAUUUGGUCUGCUCUUGACGCUGAACCUGACGCAAAUUGGCUGGAGAUCAUUCGAAGGAGGAAGAUUGAGGUGCUGGCGCUUUGA